ACCUCUACUGCACAGAGAACCACACAUGGCUCCUACAAUCACUUCAGCAAUGACUUCUUCCCAGGACCACCUAACCGUGACCCACAAGAUCAGAAAACCACUGGUGGAAAAGCUACGCAGAGAGCGAAUCAGUAGCAGCAUUGAGCAGCUGAAGUCUCUGCUGGGUCCAGAGUUCCUCAAACAAGAACCUGACUCCAAGAUGGAGAAAGCAGACAUUCUGGAGAUGACAGUUGACUUCCUGAGACAACUGCAGCUCUCUCGCCAUGGAAACUCUGUCACAGGUUUAACAGCUGCCAACCAGGGUCACUCCAGGUGUGUCCAGGAGGUGGUCCACUUCCUGUCUAAGGAUGAGGUGAAGACACUGUCCAACAGAAGAAUGUUGGAUCACUUCCAGAACCUUUGGACCUCAUCUGAUACAAGGCUGACUGAGAGUGGUUCAAUUCAGCUGAGCUCUCCACUCAAGAACAAUAUCACCAAAGAGAAGAGUUCAGUUAACAGGGCCGUCUGGAGGCCCUGGUAGAAACCUACACGUUGUUGUCAAGGUAUAAUAUUAACUCAGGAUAGUAAUUGUAUGAUGUUCGAACAUCAUGUUAUUCUUCUUAAAGAAGAAGACCUCCACAUAUGUUUCUGCUACGUGUUGUAGUAUACUAUAUCAACUGUCUGUUAUUACAGACUCACCUAGGAGCUUUUUCUGCUUUAAAGUUUGAUGUUCAAACUUAAUGGCGCCUCUUUUUCCCAUGGAAAGGUAGGGCAUGUUUAGUGCAUUUAAUUCCAUUUAAGGAAACAUUUUCUAUACUGUAUAAUUAAUUUAUAAUGAUCAAAUUGAUCUAUUCUGUGCUCUUACUUUAAAUCUGUGAUUUGUGAUCUGUGCUCUAUCAAAUGGUGAUCUGUGAUAAGAUCAAAAGUAACUUUUAUCGGUUUGCAUUAUGUAAGGUUAUUCUUACACACAAGUGGUGAAAUUUCUGUUUUCAGAAGAAUUACCGUCUUUAUUUUUCACAACCAUUAUUAUCCUAAUUGGAUCCUAAUUUAUCACUUUGUGAUGACAAAUUCCUGAUCAGUUACAUGAUCAUGUUGCUAGUUUGCUUUUAUGAUGAAGCAUAAAACAUUGGAUUCAUAAUGAACUAUGAGCUGCACAUUAAUUUAUAAUGUCAACUCAAUAUUGUUACAUGUAACAUAUCUGGUAUGUCUUCUAUGAAGACAACUGUUGAAUGUAUAUCCUCUACUCUAUUUGAGUACAAUGUGCUUUGGAGAUCUUUUUCAAAUGAUUGUUGUGAUGUGUCAUCACCUCUAUUGGACUUCAGUUGAAGUUUUAUGGUUCUGAAAUCGUCUGUUUGAAUAAACAAACAUGAACUUAAA